UAUCUGUCCACCAGGCGGCAGUGUUUAUAUUCCACAUAUGUGACUUUUGCUCCUCCAUUCUACGCAUGCGCAGAAAGUAAUUCGACCCUCAAACCCGGAUGUAACCAACGCCUAACCUGUCCGAAGAAAAACGAUGCAGACUAUAAAGUGUGUAGUGGUAGGGGACGGCGCUGUAGGAAAGACCUGCUUACUGAUCUCCUACACAACCAACAAGUUCCCCUCAGAAUAUGUGCCCACGGUUUUCGACAAUUAUGCAGUGACGGUGAUGAUCGGGGGAGAGCCCUAUACACUCGGAUUAUUUGAUACAGCAGGCCAGGAGGACUACGACCGGCUGCGUCCGCUCAGCUAUCCUCAGACUGACGUGUUCCUCAUAUGUUUCUCCAGCGUCUCCCCCUCGUCAUUUGAAAACGUCAAAGAGAAGUGGGUUCCUGAGAUUUCUCACCACUGCCCGCGCACCCCCUUCCUGUUAGUGGGCACGCAGGUGGAUCUGCGGGAAGACAGCAACACCAUCGAGAAGCUGGCGAAGAACAAGCAGCGCCCGCUAUAUCCUGAGAGCGGAGAGAAGCUGGCGCGGGAGCUGAAGGCCGUCAAAUACGUGGAGUGCUCUGCUCUCACACAGCGAGGGCUGAAGAAUGUGUUUGACGAGGCCAUCCUGGCCGCCCUGGAGCCUCCUGAGACCAAAACCAAGAGAAAGUGCGUCCUUCUAUAGAUGAACAACGACAGCGAGAGACGGUGUUAGAAAUAAAGGUGGGGCGAAUCAAAUCAUCAGAAAGAUCAAUGGCCAUCUUGAGAAAAAGGACAAAACGAAAGGGGAAGGGAGGUACAAUGCCAUUGAGACUUACUCUCAAACACGUGUGCACUGAUUGUGCCUUGAAAAUAAAGGUUGAAAUAUGCUGAGGGAGCUUCAGCAUGCAGUGAGUGUCACCUAUCUCCCUUUCUGAAAGCUUUUAGCAAUAGCAAUACUCUCUCUACAAAUACUCAGGUGGGCGGGGCCCCCCUGCCUGUCACUGUUGCUCCAUUUUUUUAAAAGAUUAUUUUAUAUAAUUGCUUUUGACCUCCUCUGUGUUUGACCUAUUGGGGCGUUUGAACCCAGUUUAGAGAAACAUAAAUAGGGAAACACUUCAACAUUAAGUUUUAUAGUGAGCAUCAGUUUUUUAAAGGGGCGACUUAGUGUUAAGUGUUACUCUAUUUCCUUUUCUGCUCCUUUUGAAUUACAUAAGGAAAGCAGAGAUGUAUUGUCACUCCAAACAAAGAUCGUUAACUUUCUUUAAGUUCCCAGAAACGUCUGGGGAGGCCAAAUCUGCGUUUUUACCAAUUUCCCUGCUUCUAUUGAAUUAUGAAUUUCUAUUUUAUUCUUCUUUUAUGUUCAUUGUAUUAAUUCUGUGACUGUUUUGGGAAAUGUGUAGCAGUUAUUCAUUUUUGAAACCUUUUUUUUUGUAUUGCUAGACGACCAACUUUGAGCGAUUUGAUAAUAAAACAAAUUAAAUUGUAAUGUUUUGAAUAUUUCUUAAUCUUGGCAGAGAUUGAGACCAAAACCUUUUGCUAGUACAUUUCUGGGUGUUUGUAAUCACAGGAUAUUUUUAAUAAAAUGGUUUAAUGAUGAAGAAA